AGCCAACCAGCUAUAUACCACUCGUCACUCGUUUUGAUCAUGGCUAACCGAGCGCCUCCGGCCUGCAAGGCUUCCGGGGGCCGCCUGAAGCCUGUGGCAGACUCCCUGGAGACCGUGGGCUUCGUAUCCAAGGGAGACCGGAAAUUGCUAGAUCAUAAAGCUCAAAAGGAUUAUUAUAAAAGUAUUGUUCAAAGAUAUAUGGAGUUCUGCGCUCUUCAUGCGAAAGAUCUGGAUGCCGCCUGGACCUCUCUUCCCAGGAGCGCAUCUGAUGACGCUACCAAGAACCCGCCAGCUUCCCUACCCACGAAAUCAACCGGAACAUCUAUACCUUCCGCAGCAUCAGAGCUGUCUACUAUCCUUCUCUCCCUCAGAAAACUCCGAGAGGCUGUCUUGGCCACUGCCUCCACAAUUCCUCUUACUUUCUCACAACAAGUCCACCUCUUCUCGGUCAAGAUUGCCAUCCGAGCCCAGCAUCCUCCCUCGUACACUCCCUCUCUCCGAUACCUUUUGGAAGAACUUCACACCCCGUCGCAUCCACUGCCAGACUCCGAUUUGAAGGAGAUCAUAUCGUACCAAAUUCUCGAUUCCGCCUGUCGACAACAAGACUUGGGUGCUGCCUACGAGCUGCGUGCACGGGCGCGCAGGAAACAUGGGUUUCAUUCGUCGGUGGUCGACGAUGUCCUGCACGCGCUCGCACAUGAUGACUGGGUUGUAUUCUGGCGAAUUCGUAGGGGAGUAGAUUCCAACCUGCGUGCUGUCUUGAACUGGGCCGAGGACCGGGUCAGAAGGCAUGCUCUUAAAGCAGUGGGCAAAGCUUAUCUCAAUUCCGACUCCAGGUGGAUCACAGAAGGCUGUACCGGGGAGAAGGACUUGACAUGGGAGAAACUGGUGGACAUGGAGAAGCUUGGAUGGCAGAAAGACGGCGAUAAGAUUAUCAUUAGGAGGCCGAAACAGAAGCCCCCGGCCAAUCUGACUUCCAUCAAGGAGGGUCUGUGAUGGCAUAUGGGCGAUAUUAUCAAUAAUUCAUUGCAUGGCGUUCCAGGUUUGGUGGCGGCGGCUGGCUUAAGGU